GUUUGUGUUUUAUACCAAUUACAGAAUGCCGGCUGACCGCAGAAUAUAGCUGGCAGAAUGUUAGAAUCGUCCACAGUUGCUGCUGACUGAAGAUCAACCUCAAAACCAUCUCUCACUGACAGGAUAAAAAACAGAGAAGGAGGAUCGCGAUUAGGGGAGCAGAGGAGAGAGCUGGCGUCUCCUGCGACUCUCAUUUACAGCAUUCAUUUGAAUCGUGGAGGACGGAAAAGACCGAAACUUUGCCUUGUUUUGUUUGGAGGCGACAGGAAAACCUCGAACCCCCUCCAGCUAAACAACCGAAAACAAGUCCAGAUGUUUCAUGUCUGAGGGUCGCUGUCAUACGAGACCAGAACAGAAGACUCAUCCAGCUCUUCAUCCGAAAUCUCGCUUCAUACUUUGAGGCAGAACUAAAUUGGUCUGGUGAGAAUGGAGCUGAAGGUUUCAGUUGGAGGUGUUUUCAUGAGUUUGCUUGUUCUCUGGAAUGUUUGUGACUCUGUUCAAACUCAUCAGGACGCGAAUCACCCGCGCAGCGACGAGACCGUAAUCAACCUCUUGGAAGCUCUUAAUGUCACUCGCUCUCCCCACGGGGUGCGUAAGGUCAAAGGUCGUGACCCAGAAACGCCGGCUUGGCGUUUCCGUUCCAAAACGCCUCAUCUCAAACUACCCCAGAAAGUUUUGGACUACCUCUUCAACACCUCACAGGGCAUCCUGGGUUUGCACCUGGUGGGCCUUCAGAACAAAGGCUCGGAGGCCACCCUCAUCUCCUUCACCUCCUCUGCCGAAGGCCCCCUGCUGGAGCUCGUCUCUAACACCAAGGCAGACUGGCUGCAGCUGGAGUUCCGGUCACCGGACGGCAAUCGGAAUGAGGUGUUGAAGGUGCCGGGCGGGAGUCCGUUCACGGGUAGAGGUUGGGUGAGGAUGGCCCUGAGUGUGGAGCCCAGGCAGGUGGUGCUGUAUGUGGACUGCCAGGAUGUUGUGGUGCUCAAACUGAAAGAAGGGGGACGAAUCUUAAGUCUGGACUUCCCACAAGAUCUGCAGGUUACCUUCUCCAGCACAGCAGGAAAAAAAUCCAGCAAGUUCAACGGUGGUUGGCAGACUGCUGAACUCUCUACCAGGGCAUAUGAGAAGCGUCCGUGGUUCUGUGACAAUGUAACAGACUCCCUUCCGGACGCAGUCAUUCCUACCAUGCCUGCAAUGGAUGACCUGGACAUGAUGCAAGAUCAGGCUCACCGUGGAGAUGAAAUAGUAUCAGCUACAGCAAACCUUCUUGAUCCAGACACGCGUCUUAGCAAACUGGAGAACAAUCUGUAUAGCAUCAGGGCCCUGCUGGACAUGCUGAAAAGUCAGAACACGGCCCUGCGGGCGAGAGUUGAAUAUCUGGAAACCUGUGAGUGUUCGAAACAGAAGUGUGUGUGGGAAGGACAACAGAAAGAUGAAGGGUCCCGCUGGUCUCCUGACAGCCGCACCGUCUGUUUCUGCACCCAUGGGAGAGUUCAGUGCGACCGCUCGAGUGAAUGCAGCUUUCAUGGCAAUAUCUAUAGUAAUGGUGAUGUCUUCGACCCAGACGACUGCAACCGUUGUACAUGUGAUCAUGGAAGAGUAGAGUGUAAUGUGAAUCCAUGUCCAUCACAGUCCUGCCAGCAACCGCCUGCUCCUCAGGAAACGUGCUGCCCUGUCUGCCAAACAAGAUGUGAAUACGAGGGUGAGUUCCAUGAGAAUGGUGAUGUUUUUGUUUCGAGAUCAAACCCUUGCCUCCAGUGCACCUGCUCUAACAGUCAGGUGAGAUGCGACCCCGUGCACUGUCAGCCCACCACGUGUCCAACCUCCUACAGGAGACCUGGAGAGUGCUGUCCUACCUGCUCUGCAUGCAGUGUGGACGGUCGGCCGUACAACGGCUCUUACAGCACAGUUGAUGGCUGCCAGACCUGUACUUGUCAGGCUGGGAAUCAGGCGUGCGUUGAUGUGCAGCAGUGUCCACAGACGUGUCAGGAUGGCGUGAGGCCGCCGUUCGGCUCUUGCUGCAGAGAUUGUUCCCGCUGUAACUUCGAGGGGCAGGUUAUCCUCGACGGCGUCUCUGUUCAACCCUCCCGUGAUCCCUGCAAACGCUGUGUGUGCAAUUCAGGGAAUAUAGUCUGUGACACCGAGUCGUGUCCUAAACUUCCCUGUAAUUUGGUGGAGACUGAAGGUAGACAGUGCUGUCCCAGGUGUCGAAGUUGUGUCCAGGACAGUGUGCGGCACCUGCACGGCUCUCAGUGGAAGCUUUCUAAUGACCCCUGCACGACUUGUACAUGCACGGAGGGUCAGGUUCAGUGUGAGAGUGAGCGCUGUGAUAUCCACUGUAGGAACCCAGCCUCUCCUCCUCUUGGAUCCUGCUGCUCUGUCUGUGAUGGUUGCAGUGUUAAUGGAAUAGACAUCCCGAACAGGAUGACACUGCCGCAAGGAUCUCCAUGUGAUCCCACGUGUACAUGUGAGAAUGGGAAUAUUAAUUGCGUUCAGUUACAACCCUGCCCACCACCUUCCUGUCAUAAUCCAGUCCAGAGACAAGGAGAAUGUUGUGCACGAUGUGAGGAGUGCAGAUAUGAGGGCGAGGUGUACGUAGACGGUCAAGUCUUUACGUCUAAACAGGAUCCACGUUUAAGAUGUCAGUGCUCGGGUGGACAAGUGACGUGUGAAUCGGCAUCAACUUCAUGUUCACCUCAGAGAUGCGAGCACCCAACAAAACCACAUGACCAGUGCCGUCCGAGUUGCAACACUUGUGAAUAUGAAGGAAGCGUUUACGAAAAUGGACAAGAGUUCAGGCCUCCCGGUGGCGGUCCAUGCAUUCAGUGUUCAUGCCAGAAUGGUAAUGUGAGAUGUCAUCAGGAAAGAUGCCCAGCCUUGAGUUGUGCAGUUCCUACUCCAGCCCCUCCUAACACCUGCUGUCCAGUGUGUGGAGGAUGUCUGUGGAAUGGUAUUCAGUAUGAGGAAGGAGCCACGUGGGCUGAGGCUGACCAAAGAUGUUCUUGUAAUGGCGGACAGGUGACGUGUAGUAGCAACUGUCCCCAGACAAACCCCGCGCCCUGCCCCCCCAACCCCACAAGUCAUGGGUCCUGUGGGCAGUGCCAGUACAAUCAACGCAUGUAUGAAAAUGGCCAAACAUUCCAGGACCCGGAUGAUCCCUGUAGGACGUGCACCUGUCAGGAUGGUCACACAAGAUGUGCUUCAGCAUCAUGUCCCCAACAGACGUGUGGUAAUGCAUACACUCCUCCUGGAGACUGCUGCCCCCAGUGUCCAGUGAAUCCAUGUGAAUACGAUAACCGCGUCAUUGCUCAUGGAGAUACAUUUCCAAAUCCUUCGAAUCCAUGUGAGGAUUGUGUUUGCAGUGAGGGAAAUGUGAACUGUGGCAAUCGUGAGUGUCCGAGGCCGAACUGUAACAAUCCCCGGCCGGGGACGUGCUGCCAAAACAACUGUAAUGGAUGUAGAUAUGUGGGUAAUGACUAUCCAAAUGGAAUAGAAUUUCCUCAUCCAACAGACAAAUGCAGGACUUGCCGUUGUACGAAUGGUAACGUCCAGUGUCUGAUGACGCGAUGUCCACCAGCGAAUUGUGCUGGUGCAUUUGUCCCAUCAGGAGAGUGCUGCGCCCAGUGUCCAGCACACUCUUCUGACUGCACUAUUGAAGGACGGCAAUAUACUCACUUGCAGCAGUUCCACCAUCCUGGUGACAGCUGUCAAUCAUGCUCCUGCACCAAUGGGGUGGAGAGCUGCCGCCGCAGGCCCUGCCCUUCUGCUGUCUGCCCUCACCCCGUAAUUCAAGAGUGCUGUCGCACUUGUGAUGGCUGCAUGUAUGAUGGCCAGGAGUAUCAGAACGGUCAGGAGUUCUCAGACCCUGCUGAUCCCUGCGGUCGUUGCAUGUGCAGGAAUGGUCACGUGACCUGCAGCAAGAUGGGAUGUCACAACCCAGGAUGUAGUAACCCUACUCCUCGGCCAGACCAGUGCUGUCCUGCGUGUGAUGGCUGUCUGUACCACGGUCGUGAUUGUGGAAAUGGAGAACGCUUCCCUGAUCCCACCAACCAGUGUCAGGACUGUACUUGCAUGAAUGGAAGUGUGUCAUGCACACCCGUGUCCUGUCCAGAGGCACCUUGCAGGCAACCUGUGCGUCUUCCAGGCGAGUGCUGUCCCACGUGCUUAGGCCAGGACGGAGCCCAGUUAUGCGACAGGAGGGAGUGUCCUCAGCAGUGCACACAUCCGGGGGACACUACGGGCUGCUGUCCGGUGUGUGACCGCUGUCUGUUUGAAGGGCAGAUAUACGGAAACACACAGACGUUUUACGCCCCCUCAGACCCCUGCAAGCGCUGCGUGUGUCAGAGCGGCUCUAUUAGUUGCAGCCCGGUCACCUGUCCCACGGUUUCCUGCCAUAACCCCAUCACCCUGCCGGGACAGUGCUGCCCACAGUGCAAAGGCUGUAUUUAUGAUGGCGUCGAGCACCUUGAAGGCAGUACCUGGUUUGCAUCCAGCAGUCCCUGCAUGUCCUGCAUGUGUGUGAAUGGAGUGACCACAUGUUCGAAGGUCCACUGUCUGUCCACCUGUGUAAACCAGAUCAGCGUGCCAGGCGAAUGUUGCCCGGUGUGUGCAGACUGUGUGUAUAAUGGCCGUGUGUACAGCCCUGGAGAGAGUUUCCAUCCCUCUGAUAACCCGUGUGAGAUCUGCACCUGUGAGGUGAUGCCAGACGGAGGACAGCACAUGCGCUGUUACAGGAAGCAGUGCCCGAGUCUGGUGGACUGUCCUAAACACAACAUUCAAUACAGCGAAUCUGACUCCUGCUGCCCUGUCUGUGCACAGCCCCUCAGUAAUUGCACAGCUACACUGAUCGGUAAUGAAGUGCUGGCCACAGAUGAUCCCUGUUUUACCUGUCAGUGCAAGGAUUUGACGUGGACGUGUAUCCAUCGGGGCUGUCCUCCUCUCAGCUGCCCUCCAGCUGAUCAGCACACACCGCCGGAUUCCUGCUGCCCCAUCUGUGAUGAGUGCGUAUUAGAGGGCGAUCAAACCCGUGUGCCAAACGGCCGGAGAUGGACAGACAAGGAGAACGAGUGCGUCACCUGCAUCUGUAAUCAAGGGCAUAUCAAGUGUGAUCUGCAGGAGUGUCCUCCUCUUGAAUGUCCGGAUGGAUCGAUCAAAGUGAAGAACACUGAGAAGUGCUGUCCUGAAUGCACAGCCAUCAUAUCUGUAUUUUACGCCAAAGAAGCUCAUGAACACUGUGUGUACGACAAACAGCGGUACAACCACAAUGACCACUGGGAGGUGGACGAGUGUACAUCCUGCUCCUGUGUGUAUGGAGACGUGCACUGCCAAACCCAGAGAUGCCCAUCACUCACGUGUGCCUCGGAUGAAACGCCAGUUCAGGUACCGGGAAUGUGUUGUCCUCACUGCAUUCCUCACCCCGCCACCUGUGUUGUGUUUGGAGACCCUCAUUACCGAACGUUUGAUGGAAAGAUGGUGAACUUCCAGGGGACGUGCACAUAUGUUCUGGCUCGGGACUGUGAGGGCGGAGACUUCAGUGUUCAUGUGUCUAAUGAGGACCGGGGACGUAAGGGAGUGUCUUGGACUAAAGAAGUGACCGUGUUAAUUGGAGAUACUGUGGUACAGCUGCUUCAGGACUGGAUUGUCAAGGUUGAUUAUGAGCCAGUCUCUCUGCCGUUUCUUAAAGAACCGUAUGUUUACCUGGAGCGCAAGACCAACACCAUCCUCCUGAACACCAAUGUUGGGCUGAAGGUGUUGUGGAAUGGGCGUUCUCAUCUGGAAGUCAGUGUUCCUGGUACCUACAAGAAGAAGAUGUGUGGCUUAUGCGGCAACUUCAAUAACUAUUCUCAGGACGACAUGAAACUACGCAACGGACAAAUCACCACCUCUGAAGCAGUGUUUGGAAACAACUGGAAGGUGGGCAGUGGAAAUUCAAGUCUUCAGUGUCCUGACGUAAAAAAUAUUAAUCCAUGUAAUAAAGCUGGUUACUCGGCCCGUAAGACUGCGAACGCUCGCUGUGCAGUGCUGAAGUCCCCCGUGUUUAAGCGCUGUCAUAAGCUGGUGCCACCCGAGAUGUUCUAUGCUUCAUGCGUGUAUGAUCUGUGUGCCUGUGGAUCCAAUAUGGACGAGUGUUUGUGUGAAGUGUUGGAGGCUUACACGUCUGAGUGCCGUGAGGCUGGAGUUAUCCUGCAGUGGAGAUCGCCAACACUCUGCGCCGUGGGUUGUCCGUUGGACCGCGGUUAUGUGUUUGAUGAAUGCGGGCCGCCGUGUCCUAAGACGUGUUUUAAUAAAGACGUGCCGCUUGGCGUGAUCGAGGCUCACUGCUUCAAACCCUGUGUGCCGGGAUGCCAGUGUCCAGCUGGCCUGGUGGAACACAAUGCCCACUGCAUCGCCCCUGAGAAAUGCCCAAAAAUUAUCCUUGAGAAUCUCAGAAAGACCCGAAAAUUUCACCAAACAUCACGUGGAAUCAACUCAGUUAAUCUUGAUAUCUGAUGAACCACAACAAGCUCUUCAAGUCAGCAUGAACUCAGAAUUUGCUUCAUUUCUUUUUCAUUCGUAUUCCUGGUCUUAUUCUGUAAGAUUCAUCAGUACAUCCUAUUUCAAAAAAUGUUUUUAAUAUUAAAAAAUAUAUAUAUAUAUAAUAUCCCGUUGAAUUCAGAAAUACAUCAAAUUACUAUGGAUGCUUGUUUCCGUGUGCUUUUUAUCUCACCAUUCAAACUCUCAGGAUUCUGAUAAAAAUAGAACUGUGAGAUAAAAUCUCAGAAUAGGCUUCCCCAAAUUGCGAAUGGAGUUUUAUGUUGACUUUAAAAAGCAUAUUUAAUUGUUGCUUUAUAUCUCAAACAACAUAAACAGUCUUCUACUGUAUACUGCAUUUAGUUGUUGAGUUGUUUCAUUGGUGCUACUGUGUGUAAGUGUUUCUGAGUGAUUAUAGGACACUGUUAACUAUUUUGAACUGCAAAUCUGCAUUGUUAUAUCUGCCCUUUUUUGAUAGGGCCUUCAUUUUUUGCUGUUGCACUGGUAUUUUGUUACUCUCUUUAAAUACAUAGUAUUAUAAGCAGUAUGUUAUAAAUAAAGGCUAAAUUGAACAGUGCCUUCACGUAAUUAUUUUGAGUUAUGUAUGUCAUUUUUUAUAUUCAUCAGAUGCAUUGGCACUCUCUGGAUGUGUAAACUGUCUUUUUUUGGUGUAAAUCAUAAUUUUUUUUUCUUAUUUAUGGGUACUUUGUGUCACAAUUACACAAAAAGUCCUACUUUUACUCAGCCUGUGUUUGUUCUUGUUUUGCAUCUAAAAUGGUUUAUUCGCAUUACCCUUUUAAUGAAAACAGUGACAUUUAAAAAAAAAAAAAGUGCAAUACUUUUUUCUACCAGUUGCUUUUAUUUGUUUUACACUAUUUGCAUUUGAAUAGGAACCGUUUGGGGAUGUGAGUCACCUGGAUGUGAAAUAAAAUUGUAUAA